CCCCAACCAGUCGCCUCUACCGCUUCCCUCACCCCUCUCGAACACGCUGGUCCUCCCCGGUUGCCUCCAACAGGCUGCACCCUAUUCCUAUACCUAUCCAUCCUAUGUUACUUAGCUAUCCAGCGUAGAAACGUGUAGUCUGCUCGCAGAGCCUUCUUUCCACUUCCUUUCAGUUUUCGUGAUUACAUUGAAAGGGUAGGAAGUGCCGUGUCUGAUUUUUGUGGUAUGAUGCAAUCCCUACAUUGCCUUGCGUGACCUCAUCUGCUCCCCUCCUUCCGGUCAAGUUGGUUCACAGUCGACUGAAGAAAUAUGGCGAAGGAGAAGCAAGAGACCGAGAAGAGUUAUUCUCCGGUGGCCCAAAUGGAGCCCGAAAGGGAGAUUCGUCUCAAACCCAAAAUGUCCCUGUUGAAUGGGAUCACCGUGAUCGUGGGAAGCAUCAUCGGGUCUGGGAUCUUUAUCUCGCCGAAAGGUGUCCUGAUAGGCACCGGCUCUUCUGGUCUCUCUCUCAUCAUUUGGGCAUUCUGUGGCGUUUUCUCCACAAUCGGGGCUUAUUGCUACGCGGAAUUGGGAUGCAUGAUAGCGAAAUCGGGUGCCGAUUAUGCCUACAUCAUGGAAGCUUUUGGUCCCUUCUGGGCCUUCAUGAGACUAUGGGUGGAGUGCUUGAUAGUCAGACCGUGCGCUCAGACUGUGGUGGCACUCACUUUUGCCAUCUAUGUGCUGCGACCAUUCUUCCCUGCCUGUGACGCCCCCGAUGAAUCUACCCGACUUCUCGCAGCUGUCUGCAUCGGGGUCUUGACUUUUGUCAACUGCUACGAUGUGAAAUGGGCCACGAGGGUGCAAGAUAUCUUCACGUAUGCCAAACUGUUGGCUCUGGCCAUCAUCAUCGGUACUGGCAUCUAUUUGCUCUGUCUCGGAAAAACGGAGAACUUCAGCUUCGAGAACACGGAAUCAGACCUCACGUUGAUAGCGCUCUCGUGCUACUCAGGAUUGUUCGCCUACAACGGAUGGAAUUACUUGAACUUCGUCAUCGAGGAACUCAAGGAUCCCGUGGCGAAUCUUCCGAAGGCGAUCGGGAUCUCGUGCGUCCUCGUGACGGUGGUCUACGUGUUGACCAACAUGGCAUUCUUCACCGCUCUCACGACGAAGGAGGUGUUAGAGUCAGAAGCAGUGGCCGUCGUGAGUCUCCCUCCAUCAUCCCUCUCUCUUACGAGUCUCGUCGCUGUGGUGCAGCCAGCACUGGAUCUUGGGGGAUUCACCCUAAUCUUUCGCGCCCGGUUUUACUGCUUUACAAUAGGAGUAUCUUUUGCAGAUGAAUUAUAUGGAUACAUGGCCUGGAUAAUCCCGGUGUUCGUUUCUCUCUCCACUUUCGGAGCGGUGAAUGGAAUCCUUUUAACUUCAUCAAGGCUGUUUUACGCUGGAGCUCUGGAGGGACAGAUGCCACGCGUUCUGACCAACAUACAGAUUUUUCGACUGACCCCCGCCCCGGCCGUCAUAUUCCAGACGUUGCUGUCUUUGCUCUACCUAACGUCAUCUAAUGUGAUUGCCCUGAUCAACUACGUGGGAUUUGCAACCUGGCUGAGCAUCGGAGCGGCUGUGUGCGUGAUUCCUUGGCUCCGUUGGAAGCAACCGGAGAGGCAGCGGCCCAUCAAGGUCCAUCUCUUCUUCCCCAUCAUCUACAUCUCCCUCACCGUCUUCCUCAUCAUCAUGUCCAUGGUGGCGGACCCCAUCUCCGCAGAAUUGAUUACAGAAGGAGUUCAGAAGCUGCUCUUGGUCGUGGAACCAGAUGCAGCGAAGCCUAGUGAUUGAUCAUUUUCUAGCGAAUACGCUUGUUGUUCCCUAGAAAGAAGUAUUUUUUUUUUUGUUCCACGUUGUCGUGUUUCAAGGGAUUGCUCAUGGGAUUUUUUUUCUUGAGAGGAGUUGAGUCGUGACCGAAGGUGGACAGAUCCAGUCACUCGAGACAGAAUGGAACCGAAGAUGACCUUUGGAUAACCUCAUUGCUGACCACGAGAUAUAAAAGAUGCCUUAAGAUUCCAUUCUUCCAUUCUAGUGCCUGGACUGACAGUAAACAAUCUCUCGAUAUAACUCGCCCUGCAUCGUGCACAGUGUCCUCGUUAUUCCGUUUUGUCGUGGUGAAGGAAAGCAUGGAUUCUGAACAGUGAGUACUUUUUGCGAAUAGGAGUUACCUUAUGAUUUUGUUCCCUCAUUCACAAAGUGUCAUUGUCCUUGUCUUCGUCUUUGAUGUGCCACAGCUGUACUGCAAGUCAGGGUUUCAUGUGGAUUUGGGUGUCUUGUUGGCAAGCAGGAAAUGUGUAUCACUUUCUAGGAUUUUUUUUCGCCCUGCAUGCAUGUUCCUCGGUUAGUGGAAUUCUUUACAAUAUUACCGGUGUUCCUUGUUCUUAAAUAAUCACAUUUUGAUCAAACUCAGCUACUUCAAUAGAAUUCCAUCAGUAAACUGUGGAAUUAGAUGGUGUCAGUGUCUCAAAAGAAACAGAGGAGGUCCAAUAGUCUUAUCCAGGGAAAGUAUUUGUGGAAGUAUAGUUCCUAAUUUUCAUAAUCAGAGAAGGAAGCAAUAUCUAGCAGUCAAGAGC